UUUUUUUUAAUUCUUUUUCUUCUUACCAAAACAAAAAUUAUGAAACUUGCUUUAAAGACAUCGAUUGUGUUGAUUUAUUGUACUUUAUCUGUCCUUGCUAAAGGUGGUGGUGGUGGCCGAGCUGGAGGUGGAAGCAGAGGUGGAAGCAGAGGAGGAAGCAGAGAAGGUUCCAGUUCAGGCAGAAGUGGCUAUGGUGGUACAGGCAGUUCUACUGGAAGAGGUGUUGCAGGUAAGACACUCUAUCAUGGUUAGUCUCUUAUUCACACAUAUACAACAGGUACUGGAAGUACACCCAACAGUGUAGCAUCUAAAGGUGGAUCUGGCGGAUUUGGUGGCUCACCUCCACCUGCUUAUGCUGCCAC